AUGGGCAUCAUCCUUAUUGAACGCGGUGUGUCACUCCCCAAUGCUAGCGAGGAUAUCAAGCUCUAUUUCGCCAGUUGGCCUAGUUCAAAACUUGCCGGGACCAAAGUUUGGCGCGAUGCCGUCGGUCAAGUCUUUUUUUCGACAGGGGUUGGGUUCAGAUACUACACAGCCUACGCCUCAUACAACCGCAAAUUCGCCAAUGCGGCUCAAGAUGCAGUCAUCAUCGUCCUGUUCAACUCAUCUUUCGAGGCCCUGGUUGCUUUUGCAGUUUUCGGUAUCGUUGGGUAUCUCGGCAUGCGUCCUGAAGGAACCGGCGAUAUUGGAAGCUAUGGGCUCGGCUUCAUGACGUAUCCCGAGGCCUUUAUCGAGAUCCCUGCUUCGGGCUUCUUUUCUGUCAUCUUCUUGUUCACCAUUAUGCUACUUGGUAUCAGUUUGUCCUUUGCUAUGUUGGAUGCAGUCAUGACGUUGAUCCUCGAUUCCCCAUUUGCCAUAAACUGGAGUCGGCCUUGGGUUACUACCACCAUGGUCACGAUUUGCUUCCUCCUUUCGCUUCCUCACUGCACUGAGUUUGGCUACUUCUCUAUAGAUGUGAUUGGCCGAUGGAUUAAUAACAUUGGCCUCAUAACAUCCGUCUUUUACUACGUUGUCUUCUACUCGACACGAUCUCAACUCUGUCGUCGGCAAUGGUCAAAACUCGUCUCCCCCCUUCCUCUGGGCACCAUGCCGCGAUAUAUCCCGGGAUCUGUCCUGGCUAUCAUCUUCAGCUUAGCCUACCCCAGCUUCGAGGAAGUCAAGAAUGCUCCACUAUACAUCCUUGGCUCCAUCUCAGCGCAUCUUUUACUUGUUUGGUGUGUGAUUGGUUUCGUCUUUCCCAGGUGGUUCAACGUGUUUAUUGUCCCUGGGCGUCGUGAUGACUGGAAGCAGCCGUAUGCUCCCAAUGUCCUUCGAGGGACAACUGAGGGUGGUGAGGUGACCAAAGCAGAGACUGGUAUGCCUAGUGGAGAUGCUAGCAUGUCGAACGAAGGUGUCAAGGUGUGA